AUGAAUCCUGAUACUGGAAAGGGAUUUACUGCCUGGGACAUCUGGAUGGACAUAGAUGAACUGGCCCACAAACUGCAAACUAUCGGCGAGGACUUUUGCGGUCUGGAUGUGAACACGCCUCUAGGCGGGGAGUUCCCCGUGAACGCGCAGCCCGUCCUCACCUUCAACACGCACCUCACCGCCGUGGCCGCCACCUCCACCGGGGACUACACCGUCGUCUUCCUGGGCACCGCCAACGGACAUCUCAAGAAGGUGGUGGUGGAGAGCUCGACGUCCGCCCUGGAGUACGGCGACACGCCCGUGGACACGGGCUCGCUCGUCAACGCCGACCUCCACUUCGACCCCAAGUUCAUGCACCUCUACGUCAUGACGGAGCGCAAGGUUUCCAAGGUGAAGGUGCAGGACUGCGGCCAGUACAAGACCUGUGGAGACUGCCUCGGAGCCCGCGACCCGUACUGCGGCUGGUGUUCGCUGGAGAACAAAUGCUCGCUGCGCGCCGACUGCCAGGACGCCGCCAAGGACCCGCUGUACUGGAUCUCCUACAAGAGCGGCCGCUGCACCUCCAUCACCAGCGUGACGCCGAACCAGCUGCAGCGGACCACCGCCAGGACCCUGGAGCUCGCCAUCGACCAUCUGCCGACGCUGCAGGGCCAGUUCCUGUGCGCCUUCACCGCGCUCGACAAGACCCUCAUCACCAACGCCACCAGGAAGUCGCCCGGCAUCAACUGCACCACGCCGCGCACCGACCUGCUGCCGUCCAUCCCGCUCGGGCAACAUCACUUUACGGCCAAGUUAUCUGUCAGAAUGACCUCAGGGCCUGACUUUGUAGCAACUAACUUCACUUUCUUUGACUGCAACACUUACGUUUCUUGCACUCAAUGUGUGUCAUCCUCCUUCCCCUGUGAUUGGUGUGUUGAUGGACACAGAUGCACACAUGAUACCGCAGAAAAUUGCCGUAAUGAUAUUCUUGUUACUGGAGUCAGUCGGAUUGGACCAAGUUAUCGUAGUGGACCUGCUUUCUGCCCGACCCUCAAUGCAACAGCUGGUGGUUCGACAGAAAUUCUUGUCCCUUCCGGUAUCAAGAAGAGCAUCAAAGUAAAAGUGCAUAUCAUUGGACAGUUUAUUGUUCAGACCCGUUUUGUUUGCCAAUUCAAUAUUGAGGGAAGAGUUACUAGUGUCAAUGCCCAGCUUUUGGCUGACACAAUUUAUUGUGAUCACAUGGAGUUUUCUUACACUUCCCGUGCCCCCAACAUAACAGCGACUUUUGCCGUUAUUUGGGGAGGAUCUAAACCACUCGAUAAUCCAGACAACAUUCAUGUUGUAAUCUACCGAUGCAGGGAUAUGGCAGAUAAUUGUGGUAUGUGUCAUGCACUCCAUGAGAAAUAUGGAUGUGGAUGGUGUCAGAGCUCUGACCGCUGUGAGGUCAAAGAUCAGUGUGAUGGUGGAACUAAUGGGCCUCGCCCCUGGCUGGACAGCAAUCAGACUUGUCCACAAGUUGAGAUAAAAGAGUUCUUUCCAAUGCUUGGACCUUGGGAGGGUGGCACAAAUAUAACUAUCCGUGGUGUUAAUCUUGGCAAGAGUUAUGAAGACAUAUAUGGCACGAUCAAUGUCGCUGGACUGCAGUGCCAACCAUAUCAGCACUUAUAUAUAAAAACACAACAGAUAGUGUGCAAAGUUGAUGGCCCAGGAUCCAAUGAACCACGGCAGGGCCCUGUGAUAGUGCGGGUUCAAGGCUUCAGAGGGGAAUCAAAACAUCCCUUUGAAUUUGUUGACCCUGCCAUUGAAGGGAUAUCACCAAAAUUCGGGCCAAGAUCUGGAGGCACAACACUGAGAAUCAUGGGAAAAUAUAUGAAUGCUGGUAGUCUAAUUGAAGCUUACAUUGACGAUCUUCCUUGUCGGAUCAUUAAAACAGAGCCAGAAGAAGCCAAAUGUAUUACAAGUGCUUCAGAGAGGCAGCGUAAUGGAAGAUUGAAAAUGCACUUUGACAAUGGAAAGCGGUACUUCGACAAGGAACAGUUUGAGUAUGUAGAGGACCCAACCAUUGAAUCAGCUGAGUCAGGAGUUGCAGGACAAGUGAAAUUGCCCAAAGGCAUUCCUGCAGGUGGCAUCAAAAUUUCUGUGUCUGGAAAGAAUCUUGCAUACAUUGAGAAUCCACAGAUAUAUGCUUAUUAUGACGACAAGAUGUUCAUUGGACAGUGCUCUGUUCUUUCCAACUCUAAUAUGGCAUGUGAUUCUCCCACUGUAACUCUACGUGAUGGGGUAAUGAUAGAUGCUGAAUAUCCAUUACGCCUACAGUUUGGAUUCAAAAUGGAUGAUGUGGCAGGCGUCAGAAAUUUGACAAGAUUUAGCUUCCCUCAUUUCCAUUUGUAUCCAAACCCUGUUUAUGAAAAGUUUGAAGAAGAUCCCAAAUAUUACAAGAGUGACUACUUGACAAUCAAUGGACAGCAUCUGGAUAGAGCAUGUCAAGAGUCUGAUGUUGUCGUUAAAAUUGGCAAUGAGUCAUGUAAUGUAACAUCAUUGUCAAGACAGCAAUUGACAUGUCGUCCCCCAAGUGUCCAACCCCAAUCAGUGGAUGAAAAUGGACGUCCUUCUCAAGAUGCUUAUCCUGAAGUUGUUGUAAUUGUUGGUGGACGACUUCGGUACUCCAUUGGAAAACUUAGUUACUCUCCUAGUGGAUUAAAUGGCCCUCCCUCUAAAACUGUCAUGAUUAUUAUCAUCAUUGUCAUUGCUCUGUUGGCUGUUGUCUUUGUCAUGUUCAUUGUUGCCUACCGAAGAAAGUCAACAGAAUCCAAUCGUGUUCUAAAGAAUAUGCAGGAACAAAUGGAUAUAUUAGAGCUUCGUGUGGCUGCUGAAUGCAAAGAAGCCUUUGCUGAACUUCAGACUGAGAUGACAGAUCUGACAGGAGAUCUCACUCUUGGUGGUAUUCCAUUCUUGGAUUAUCGAACUUAUGCAAUGAAGAUUCUAUUCCCAAAUAUGGAUGACCAUGCUGUUCUUCAAUGGGAGAGACCAGAAUUGCACAGGAAAGAAAAAGGCCUGCGACUAUUUGGACAGCUCAUAAUGAACAAGACAUUCCUCCUGCUUUUUAUCAGAACACUUGAAAGCAAUAGAUAUUUCUCCAUGCGGGACAGAGUGAAUGUUGCCUCAUUAAUUAUGGUAACUCUUCAGAGUAAAAUGGAGUACUGUACUGAUAUUCUCAAGACACUGUUAGCCGAACUUAUUGAAAAAUGUAUGGAGGGCAAGAGCCACCCUAAAUUGCUUCUUCGACGCACUGAAAGUGUUGCUGAAAAAAUGCUUUCUGCUUGGUUCACAUUCCUUCUGUACAAAUUCCUGCGGGAAUGUGCUGGAGAGCCCUUGUACAUGUUGUUCCGUGCUGUGAAGCAUCAAGUAGACAAGGGCCCUGUGGAUGCUGUCACUUCAGAGGCUCGCUACUCUUUGAGUGAAGAGAAACUUAUUCGUCAGUCCAUUGAUUUCAGAGUUAUGACGGUGUAUGUUUCAAUAUCUCAACAGACAGUCUUUGUUACUGGAUUGGAUCCAAAUACAGAAAAUGUUAAUGUCAAAGUGUUGGACUGUGAUACUAUAUCCCAAGUAAAAGAUAAAGCUCUUGAUACAAUUUACCGAGCCACUUCAUAUUCUCAGAGGCCAAGGCGUGAGGACCUUGAUCUUGAGUGGCGUACAGGUACUUCAGGACGACUGAUCCUGUACGACGAGGAUCAGACUACAAGAAUGGAGGGAGAAUGGAAGAAGCGUAAUACUCUGAAUCAUUAUAGGACGUGGCAUUUAGUCAAGCAUCAUGACACUGAUGCACAGAAAGAAGGAGAGAGGGGAAAUAAAAUGGUGUCAGAAAUUUACCUUACCAGAUUAUUGGCUACCAAAGGCACACUCCAGAAGUUUGUUGACGACUUAUUUGAGACAAUAUUUAGUACGGCUCACCGUGGGUCAGCUCUACCACUGGCCAUCAAGUACAUGUUUGAUUUCCUAGACGACCAAGCUCUUCAGCAUGGAAUCUCUGAUCCUGAGGUUGUUCACACUUGGAAGAGCAAUAGCUUACCCCUUCGUUUUUGGGUUAACCUAAUAAAGAAUCCAAACUUUGUUUUUGAUAUUUAUAAAUCAAACAUUGUGGAUUCAUGUCUCUCAGUUGUUGCACAGACUUUCAUGGACUCUUGUUCAACAUCAGAUCACAGACUUGGCAAAGACUCACCAAGCUCCAAGUUAUUGUAUGCAAAAGAUAUUCCAAUUUAUAAGGAGUGGGUUGAGAGGUAUUAUGGUGAUAUUAAAAUGAUGCCAGCAAUAUCUGAUCAAGAUAUGAAUGCCAUGCUUGCAGAAGAGUCCAGAAUACACACAACAGAGUUCAAUACCAAUUGUGCUUUGCAUGAGCUUUAUAGUUAUGCUAUAAAGUACAAUGAACAAUUAACUGUCACUCUGGAAGAAGAUGAAUUCUCACAGAAGCAACGACUUGCAUACAAAUUUGAGCAGGUGCACAAUAUCAUGGCAGCUGAGUCGAAUCCCUGAUGGCGACCAAGCCCCGGGCUGGGGCCGCAAUCUAACACUGCUACGUUAGAGUUGCGUUGCUAGGCCCGGGGCGCGAAGCGUCGUCAUAUCUUGCAGCAAGUGCAUCUUCAUUUAACAUUUUGAAACCAGUGCUGGUGUGUGUGCACAGUUGUGUAACUCCCCCAUAUCUGUGAUGAGUUGUGUUUGAAGAAGAGGAUGCCAUUAGCUGCCUCAUAUUUAGCUGAAGUAACUUCAGUUAAUUGGAUUCAUUGGCUUUAAAGUACAAACUUGAACUAAAGUGGACAUUGGGCAUUUUUAUCGCUCAAGUACAUUACUGGGGCAUUAUUGAUUUUGCUCAAUUGUUGUCAAAGUUGCUCUCAGGACACUUGCCAGGAGUGCCUGGCUAGACACAUUGCCAAAGUGCACGGCAACUGACGUGGAUCUGAUGCGUUGUGAGGAGAUACGUAGAGACGAACUUGCCAUAAUUAACUUGUGUGAUUCGUCCUAAUAUCACAAAUUGUGUAGGAUUGACUCUUUCUAUCAGCUUUGAUCUUUCUACAGCAGUAUAUGCCGAAUAUUAUCAGUUUUUUUACUGUCUCUCACUUCUUUGUUUUUCUAAAUUAAAUGUGAAUGUCUUCCAAGCCCUGCAUUCUUGCUCUUUCCUUUACAUUCAUUCCAUUAAUGGUUAUUUGUGUGUGUAGCUAGCAAUAAAACUAUGCUGCAUUAAUCAAAAUGAUGAUUUGACUGAAGUAUGCAAAGAGAACAAACUUUUCUCUCCAUUCUUGGUUGUGUUUCUUUAGAGGGUGUGCAAGCUUUUGUGUGUUAUACUUAUUGUCACAUAUGGGCUGGAUAUUAUGUUUGACUGUGUAGCCUGCCAUAAGUUAAAAUUCAUAGCUCAUCUGAUAGAAAAUGUGACAGAGCUCUGAUGAGUUGUCUUUUGUAGCAAUUUUUCAUCAGUGCCCUGUAGCAGUAGUUUUUGCUCAAGUUAAAUGGAAGAUAUUAUGGCUGGUGCUCAUUAAAUUUUAUUUUAUUUUUUGUUUUUUAAUACGCACUGAAGUAUUUUAUUCUGGUGUUUAUUAUCCUGAUAUGUCAACAUUCCAAGACAGUGUACUUUCUUAGUUUGUUUGUAGUGAGACAGCAGAUUCUCAGUUAAAUUUCUCUGGCACUGACUCAUUAACAUUAUUUUUGAAGUUUUCACCAGAUAAAAUACUUAGUGAUAUUGUAGAUAGAUGUGUAGGUAAAUGUUGUUUAAAUGUCUGGAAAAUUAGCACCAGCCAUAAGAAUCUUGUGAUUUUCUCAUUAGCAUAAAUUUUCAACAAAUUAAAUGUUAACUUAAAAUAAAUACUCCAACUAUGCAUCUGUGUGUCUUUGGCAAUUGAUGUCAAGUUUUGCACACCCUUUUUGUUUACCUGUAAUAAGUGUUGACCAAUAAGGCCACUGUGUGUGUAUUUGUGUAAUUGAUAUGUCCCCCGUCCCUGUGUAGUUAUACCCAGCAGUAGCUGUGGUUGCAUUCAAUGUUUUUUGUUCCAAAGGCAAAGAUAAUGGAUGACUAGUGUCUGUAAUGCCUUUUUUUAUCUACCAAAGUUAUCAUUGUAUAUCCUCAAUUUUAUGCUUUUAAAAAAUUCCUUUUGAGAUUAAGCCAUUAUGGCCCACAUGAUAUUCCAAUGAUUAUCCUUGAGGAACACAACCGAUAUGCUGAUUGUAUCAUUAAGACUGGAUAUUUUUAGUUAUUUCAAAUUUUAAUGAAAUGUGAUUAACUUAAUGAGUGACAAACUGUCAGGAGGUGUCACAUCAUUCAACAAUCCUAUUAAAAGUACAGCUAUACUAUAAUGUAUUACUUCUGUAAAUAUAUUUUGUUUUUAACUUUAGUUGUUAAAUGUCGUGGAUCUAUUGUACGAGCUUUUAUUACCUGUUUGAAUGAGUGGAUCUCCCAAACCAUCACAUGAAUGUUGUUUCAUCCUGUCAGUGUUUGAGUAUGCUUAGUGUUUUGUCACUAUAAAGGAAGGCAAUUUUUCAUGUA